AUGGAGAUCUUACUUUUUCUCGCCAAACCCGAUCCAUCGUCUCCCCUCAUCUCUCCCUCUUCUCCAGAUCUUGCUUUCUCCCCGCCAAACCCUACCCCUCACGCCGCCCCUAGUGCUGCCAUCACGGCGAUGGUUGAAGAAGACCAGUGCCGUAGCCAGAUCUGCCCGCCGUCCACCCCAAAACGCAACAUUCCGCCACCGCGUCAGCUCGCCUUGGUCAUCCACCUCGUCGCCUUGCCUCCGUCCGACGUCGUGUUGCCUCACCUCCGUGUGUCAUUGCGUCGCCUCGCCUCCAUUCGCUGCCUUCGUUCGCCGUAG